UAAAGCUAGCCUUCAUACGUUCUUAUCUUAUAGUGUUCCAUUGUGGACCAGGAUAUGACAUGCCCCGAAGUAUUGUAAAAUACUUCUUGGUGCUGUGUUUUGGCGUAGCGUUUGCGACUUUAGUGUUGAUUUUUGAUCGCUUAUUUGUUGCAUUCAGUGGUCUUCACAGCUUUGAUUUGGCUGAUGAGUCGGAGACUUACUACGCAAGUAAAAACUCAGAGAAGAAUUUCACUCUGAUAAACACCAGAAACUUGGUCGACAAGGCUCUCCCUGACACUUCCGUUCGCUCGGAGCGGCUUGAGACUAAACAGCGCAGGGAAACAAGUGAAUUGUUUUUGAAAACAAAUGAGCUGGCGACCGCAAACACAGAAAUCCGGCGGAAGCUCCCUGAGGAACAAGCGCAGGAUAAUUUUAAACAUGACUGGUGUCGAAUGCAGCGAGCUCGUUUAGAUUGGAAAGAUGUUCUCCGUCCAUGUUGGAAUUCAACUGUUUGGGAGGCGCCAGGCAGAUUUGGAAUCAAUCAAAUGAGUGAUCCACAAAAGAGUUUUAUUUCAAAAUGGGAUAUUAAACCGUCCGGUGAAUUUAGCCGAUUAGUUAUUCAAUCGGUGUCAGUUAACAAUGAAUUAAAGACAUUUGGAGGAGAUUCUUGGAGAAUUCACCUCUAUGGACCAUCAUCUUUAGCUCCAACAGUGAUCGACCUUAAUAACGGAAGCUAUGAGGUUUUAUUUCUUAUCCUCGAGGAUGGUGAAUACGAAGCAAAGAUCUUCCUGGAUUACAGUCUCUGUCAUGGUUUCAAAGACCCACCUCCGUAUUGGUUUAAAAAAGGCAAUCCACAGGGUAAAAACCAACCUGACGGCAUUUUAAAGGGGGACAGACCUUUCCUGAUUGCUCAUUUUCGGAGAAAAGAAAAAGUGACAUUCAUUGUUCCUCCAUCGAAAAACAACCAGAGCCACGUCGAAAGUUUGGUGAAAAGAGUUUCCGUAAAAGAUUCCAACUCUCGUCAAUAUACAUGUGACCCGUCAUGUGGAACUUUCCUCUGGGAUGGUUUUGGUCGAUGGGUGAACGGCCGAUGGAAGCCUUACAUCAAAGAUAUCAUACAGAAAGACGGACGCAAUAAAGAAGGAAUGUUCUUUUCGUUCGGAGACUCGAUCUCGAACGCUUUUAUGAGCUCACUAACGUCUGGUCCGUACAGCGAGCUUUGUAAAGUGGCCUUCGCAGGUUGCCAGAAUGUCUAUCACUGGGUGUACGAUAUGCGAGGGUACUGGGGCGAUGGAGUGAAAUCACCGAGGGAACCGUUACCAGAUGGACGAGAUUACGACCACGAGCGAGUUGUAAAUGAAAUCAAAAAAACGCUUUAUAAUCCUGCUCUAACUGAAAAGAGUGUUCUUUUGAUGAACAUGGGCAUACAUUUUGCUGCUGCAGUGAACUUCACAAAUUACAGACGACUAAUUGAUGAUCUAAUAAGACUUGUUACUAAAGGCAAAGGACAGCCAAGGCCUUACAAUGAAAGUACAACAAACAUUUUCAAGGGCAGAUUUAUUUGGAAGACCUCUACUGCCCUAAACAGAGAUCGUUUUCCAAAUCCUCACAAAGACGUCCGUCGAUUUUUAACUUUCCAGCGCGUGUUACUUUACAAUGCGUAUGCUACUUCUGCUAUGUGCCGCGCGGGUAUUGACGUCAUCGACGUUUACCCAAUCAGAGAUUCAUAUCCAACCGGUACCAUUUCACUAACAGAUCCAGUUCACUAUGGUGGUCACGUGUUUAGGGAUGUGGAAGCUUUAUUAUAUAGGAUGUUCAGUCCUCAGGAUUCCUAAGGGGUGGGGGGUGGGAGGAAGGCGAACUUGCUGUGUUUGUUUAGUUCUCUUACUCGUUACCACAUACGUUCUAAGCUUUAUUUUUUACACAACGAAUAAUUCUAUAAAAUGUUUUAUCCUAUUUUGUUUACUUCAGAGGGAAUGACGAAGAGCUAACCGUCGAAACGUCAGCCUUGAAACUCUUUACGAUGAUCAAUUCACAUUGUCAAUUCAGAUGAUAAAACCAAAAUGACCUUGUUAUACUACACCACCGACACAGCAUCGCAGUUUCUUUAGAAACCUGUACCCUUUAUUCAGUUGCUGUGGUAGCCUAGCUACGUUUAAGAAACAAUUUAAAACAUUUCUUUUCAGGAAAGCCUCUAGUACUAGUUUAUAUUACUUAAUGCAAUGUAAAGCGCUUUUCGAAUAUGUGCACAGUUUUUAGCGCUCUACAAAUGCUUUAUUGCUAUUGUUAUUGUUAUCAUAACACACUGCCUCUUAAUUAGGUUUUCGUAAAUCAUGUUCAGGUGUUAGGUGGAGAUCCGCUGAUAUUUUCUUUUGUGUCUUCGUAAGGUAUAGGAUAAGUUCUUCCCUCCUUUUUAA